ACUGUCGUGUUGGGUUGGACAGCGAUCAAGCACGAACCUACAUCUUCUAAAGAUAAUAGCGCACUGUGCACGGUGUAUACAGGUCGGAGAUCCCAAUUUAACCUGUUGGAUAUCACUUAUUGUUGUUUUGCUUACUAUACUUUGGCUAAGUUAUACCCUUUCCUCAGCAGUCAGUUAAACCCAAGAUAAUUGAUCUCCAAAUGGAUAGAAGAUUCCACAACUUGACUCUGGAGCAAGUCCAGACUUUGGACCAGGUGUUGACAGAGGUAAUACCCAUCCACGGCAGAGGAAACUUCCCCACCCUGGAGGUUAGACCCAAGGACAUCAUCCACGUAGUGAAGGACCGGCUGUUGGAGAGGGAGAUCAGGGUCAGAGACAUCCGCCUCAAUGGCUCCACCGCCAGCCAUGUGAUGGUCAGGGACAACGGCACGGGCUACAGAGACCUGGACAUCAUCUUUGGAGUGGAGCUGCCCAGACAGGAGGACUUCCAGGUCAUCAAGGAGGUGGUGCUGGGCAGCCUGCGUGACCUCCUUCCCCGUGGGGUUAACAGACGCAAGAUCACCUGCCUCACCAUGAAGGAGGCCUAUGUGCAGAAGAUGGUCAAGGUCUUCAAUGAGCACGACCGCUGGAGCCUUAUCUCACUGUCCAAUAACAGGGGUAAAACAGUGGGGCUCAGGUUUGUAAGUUCCCUGCGACGCCAGUUUGAGUUCAGUGUGGACUCCUUCCAGAUUAUAUUGGACCGUAUGCUGGAGUCAUACUGGGAGACUGAGAGGAGGCAAGGAGUUCAGUGUGAGGGAUUGGAGUCACACAAUGGCAUUGUGUUACAUCCAGAUAGAGGGGCAGAGAAAACCAUAAUGGUACCCCAGUAUUCUUCCACCUCUGAGAAUCUAAAAGAGGAUAAAGACAAAGAUUCAAUGAUGACUCGCUUCGCUGACAGUCCGUGCCACAGUGAACAGGUUGUUGUUCAAGAGGAAGAAUCAUCGCAUCCGAUGAAUGUGCAUGCAACUGGAAAACAAGAGCCACUGGAAGUGUUAGAGAGAGCAGAGCUAGACCUUGGAACUCUGGAGAAUGAGGAAGAGGUAGAAGAGGAGGAGGUGGUAAAGGUUGAUACAGUACUUGAGAUAAGAGUAGAGGAAAAAAUGCAAUUUGUUCAGAAUACAGAUUAUCCCUCACUUAUAUCCUCCUCCAAAAUAUUGACAGACGUGAUGGAACCUCUGGUGUCAAAUAUAUCUGUAAACCCUCAAAGUAACAUAGAGGAGUCACUGAUCUCUGAGUCAAAAGACAUCAAGCCAUCCCCAGUGUUGCUCACAGAGAACUCAGUGCAAGAGCAACUUCAAGUGAUGCCUCAAUCCACAUCCCAAUCCUGCACUGCUGUCACACAAAACGUACAUCUUGAACAUUUAUUCCCUCCGCCAGCCAAGAAAACCUGUAAUACAUCCCAGGGAAUUGUCCCUGACUAUUGCCCCUCACCUAAACCACCAAGGAAGAUGUCACGGAAGAUGAGCAGCAUCUCAUCACUCCCUGAAAAAUGGUCUUUGUUAAAAGAUUUGUCAGAUCUUACAACACAGCUGUUUGAGCCUAUAGAAAUACUUCCAACACCUCAACCAAAUCACUCUUUAUUAGACACUGAUCAAGGCCAUUAUUCAUCUUCCUCAGGGUCCAGACAAAGGAACGCAGAGGGCACUAAAACAUUCACAGACCACCUUACUCCAGCCGUUUCAUCCCAGGAUAAAAACAUCUCACCCCGUACCGUAGAACAAAUAGUCAGGGUGAAAUAUUCAAAAAAGCCUCCAGACUCAGAUGCUUCUGAGGAAUCAUUGUCCCUUCAAACAACAGGGAACCGAGUCCCAGAGACUGAACCUGCUGCUACUCAGGAACUAGCGCCACCAGAGACAACCACAGUCUGUCCACGGGCAGGGGCAAGUUCGGCCCCAAGGGACAAGGCCAGCAUCACUGUGGUAGCAGAGUGCAUGUACGGGGACUUUGAGCAAGCCAUGGAUCAUCUGCGUUUCCGACUGAUUGCCACCCAUAACCCAGAGGAGAUCAGAGGAGGUGGGCUUCUGAAGUAUAGUGACCUGCUGGUGAGGAACUUCAGGCCAGCCAGCGAGACAGAGAUCAAGUCCCUAGAGCGCUACAUGUGCUCCCGCUUCUUUAUUGACUUUCCUGACGUUAGCGAGCAGCAGCGCAAGAUCGAGGCCUACCUGCGCUGCCACUUUGUUGGCGACGAGGAGACGAGCAAGUAUGACUAUCUGAUGACCCUGCGUCGGGUGAUAGAUGAGAGUACAGUGUGUCUGAUGGGACAUGAGAGGAGGCAGACACUCAAUAUGAUCACUGUCCUGGCUCUGAGGGUGCUGGGGGAACAGAACGCCAUCCCCAACACUGCCAACGUCACCUGCUUCUACCAGCCUGCGCCAUACAUGGCUGACCCCAUAUUCAGCAGCUACUACAUUCCCCAGGCAGCACAGCCACCCCUGCUUUACCACCCCUACCCUUUACAUGUCCACAUGCAGACCGGCCUGGUGUAGCCCCAGCAUGUGAGUGGGGGAGAGCAUGUGGGCUGCAUUCUAUAUGGUUCUACUCUGUAUCCAGAGGCACAAAAUUGAUUUAAAAAA